AUGCGGUGGCGAGACCGCGUGACCGUGCUUUUCUUCCCACCCGGCAUGAUGCUGUCCGUGGCCGCACUGAUGCUCUUCUUCUUGCACAUGUGCAUCUUCAUCAGCGACGUGUACAACUUCUGCAUUACUCACCGCUACGACCGCAUGAGCUCCCAGUACACAGUCGUCCUGAUGUUCUCCCAGGUGAUCAGCAUCUGCUGGGCUGCCAUUGGGGCGCUCUACGCCCAAAUGACCAAGAACAAGUGUCUCCACUGCUUUGCCAUGAGCACCCUGAUGCUCAAUGGAGCCAUGUUCUUCAACCGUCUGUCCCUGGAUUUUCUGGCCAUUCAGUACCGGGAGGAGUUCUACUAA